GAUCGGAGUAUUGCUACUCCAGCUUUCUUUUGAUUUCCAUUUGCAUGGAAUAUCUUUUUCCAUCCCCUCACUUUCAGUCUGUAUGUGUCCCUAGGUCUGAAGUGGGUCUCUUGUAGACAGCAUAUAUAUGGGUCUUGUUUUUGUAUCCAUUCAGCGAGCCUGUGUCUUUUGGUUGGCACAUUUAAUCCAUUCAUUUUUAAUGUAAUUAUCGAUAUGUAUGUUCCUAUUACCAUUUUCUUAAUUGUUAUGGGUUUGUUUUUGUAGGUCCUUUUCUUCUCUUGUGUUUCCCACUUAGAGAAGUUCCUUUAGCAUUUGUUGUAGACCUGGUUUUGGGGUGCUGAAUUCUCUUAGCUUUUGCUUGUCUGUAAAGCUUUUGAUUUCUCCAUUGAAUCUGAAUGAGAUCCUUGCUGGGUAGAGUAAUCUUGGUUGUAGGUUCUUCCCUUUCAUCACUUUAAACAUAUGCCACUCCCUUCUGGCUUACAGAGUUUCUGCUGAGAAAUCAGCUGUUAACCUUAUGGGAGUUGCCUUUUAUAUUAUUUGUUGUUUUUCCCUUGUUGCUUUCAAUAAUUUUUCUUUGUCUUUAAUUUUUGUCAGUUUGAUUACUGUGUGUCUCGGCAUGUUUCUCCUUGAGUUUAUCCUACCUAGGACUCUCUGUGCUUCCUGGACUUGGGUGGCUAUUUCCUUUUCCAUGUUAGGGAAGUUUUUGACUAUAAUCUCUUCAAAUAUUUUUGGGUCUUUUCUCUCUCUCUUCUCCUUCUAGGACCCCUGUAAUGCAAAUGUUGUUGCAUUUAAUGUUGUCCCAGAGGUCUGUUAGGCUGUCUUCAUUUCUUUUCAUUCUUUUUUCUUUAUUCUGUUCCAUGGCAGUGAAUUCCACCAUUGUGUCUUCCAGGUCACUUAUCCAUUCUUCUGCCUCAGUUAUUCUGCUAUUGAUUCCUUCUAGUAUAUUUUUCAUUUCAGUUAUUGUAUUGUUCAUCUCUGUUUGUUUGUUCUUUAAUUCUUCUAGGUGUUUUUUCUUUAAUUUUUCUAGGUCUUUGUUAAACAUUUCUUGCAUCUUCUCGAUCUUUGCCUCCAUUCUUUUACCGAGAUCCUGGAUCAUCUUCACUAUCAUUAUUCUGAAUUCUUUUUCUGGAAGGUUUCCUAUCUCCAUUUCAUUUAGUUGUUUUUCUGGGGUUUUAUCUUUUUCCUUCAUCUGGUACUUAGCCCUCUGCCUUUUCAUCUUGUCUAUCUUUUUGUGAAUGUGGUUUUAGUUCCACAGGUUGCAGGAUUGUAGUUCUUCUUGCUUCUGCUGUCUGCCCUUUGGUGGAUGAGGCUAUCUAAGAGGCUUGUGCAAGUUUCCUGAUGGGAGGGACCGGUGGUGGGUAGAGCUGGCUGUUGCUCUGGUGGGCAGAGCUCAGUAAAACUUUAAUCUGCUUAUCAGCUGAUGGGUGGGGCUCGGUUCCCUCCCCGUUGGUUGUUUGGCCUGAGGCGACCCAACACUGGAGCCUACCUGGCUCUUUGGUGGGGCUAAUGGAGGACUCUGGGAGGGCUCACACCAAGGAGUACUUCCCAGAACUUCUGCUGCCAGUGUCCUUGUCCCCACGUUGAGACACAGCCACCCCCCACCUCUGCAGGAGACCAUCCAACACUAGCAGAUUGAUGGUCUGCAUUAUGUCUGGAGCCAGCCGUCAGCUCGCUCUUCUCCUCUGCGGCUGUUGCGUGGCUGCCCUGGGGGCCCAGGCCGAGGAGCGCUGCCCGGCUGAGCGUCACCAGGCUGCCCAGUACGUGGCUGCCGUGUACGAGCACCGGUCCAUCCUGAGCCCGAACCCGCUGGCCCUCACCAGCCGCAGGCAGGCCUUGGAGCUCAUGAACCAGAACCUCGACAUCUAUGAACAGCAAGUGACGAUCGCAGCCCAAAAGGGUGUACAGAUUAUAGUGUUUCCAGAAGAUGGCAUCCAUGGAUUCAACUUCACAAGAACAUCCAUUUACCCGUUUUUGGACUUCCUGCCUCCUCCCUACUUGGUCAGGUGGAACCCAUGCCUGGAGCCCCACCGAUUCCAUGACACGGAAGUCCUCCAGCGCCUGAGUUGUAUGGCUGUCAAGGGAGAGAUGUUCCUGGUGGCCAAUCUUGGGACAAAGCAGCCUUGUCAUAGCAGUGACCCAGGGUGCCCAAAUGAUGGCAGAUACCAGUAUAACACGAACGUGGUGUUCAGCAGUAAUGGAACCCUGGUUGACAGCUACCGCAAACAAAACCUCUACUUUGAAGCAGCGUUCAAUACCCCCCUGGAAGUGGAUCGCAUCACCUUUGAUACCCCCUUUGCUGGCAAGUUUGGCAUCUUCACUUGCUUUGACAUAUUGUUCUUCGACCCUGCUGUCAGGCUCCUCAGAGACUCGGAGGUGAAGCAUGUCGUGUAUCCGACCGCCUGGAUGAACCAGCUCCCCCUCUUGGCAGCCAUUCAGAUUCAGAGGGGUUUCGCCAUCGCCUUCGGCGUCAACUUUCUGGCUGCGAACAUCCACCAUCCAUCUCUGGGGAUGACGGGAAGUGGCAUACACGCCCCUCUGAAGUCCUUUUGGCACCAUGACAUGGAAAGCCCCGAAGGUCACCUUAUAAUUGCCCAGGUAGCCAAAAAUCCACAGGGUCUCGUUGGCACAGGGAAUGCCACAGGGAAAAUGGACCCAUCCCACAGUAAGUUUUUAAAAAUCUUGGCAGGAGAUCCGUACUCUGAGAAGGAUGCUCAGGACGUCCACUGUGAUGGAGCCCCCAAAUGGAACACGGAUGCCCCUCCCACGUUUCACUCUGAGAUGAUGUACGACAAUUUCACCCUGGUUCCCGUGUGGGGCAAGGAAGGCUACCUCCAAGUCUGUGCAAAUAGCCUUUGCUGUCAUUUGCUUUACCAGAGGCCCACUCUGUCCAAGGAGCUGUAUGCCCUGGGGGUCUUUGACGGCCUUCACACUGUGCACGGCACUUACUACGUUCAAGUCUGUGCCCUGGUCAAGUGUGGCGGUCUUGGCUUUGAAACCUGUGGGCAGGAGGUUACAGAGGCUGCGGGGAUAUUUGAGUUUCACCUGUGGGGGAACUUCAGUACCUCCUAUAUCUUUCCAAUGCUUCUGACCUCAGGGAUGACCCUGGAAACCCCUGACCAGCUGGGCUGGGAGAAUGAUCACUAUUUCCUGAGGAAGAGCGAACUGUCCUCUGGCCUGGUGACGGCAGCUCUCUACGGGCGGUUGUAUGAGAAGGACUAGGGGGUGUGGGGUGGGCUCCUCCUGCACUGGCACUGCCCAAAACUCACAGCACCGGGACCACUUCUUCGCUCCAGAGCCCAUCCUGGGAGCCAUGGGAAGAGGUAGGGAGACAGAUUUCGCCAGUGUCUUUUUCUCUUAAGCACAAAUUCGUGAGACAUUUUCUGGUAUUUUCUACUCACAUUUCUAUUAUUCAAGCCACGUCUUCUUCCAGCAGAUCUUCCAUUACACAGUUGUUUUAAGAGCACAAAAAUAAAUGUCAGUUUAUAUUUUACAUGUCCACAAAA